AUGAGGGCUUCACAGGGUGAAGCUGGCCCAAGCUCGGCCCCGCAUCUCUCACUUCGUCCAGCCAACGUCCUUACCAUCUUCUUGGCUCGAUUUCACACUCGUCGCGGCAAUCAGAUCGAGUAUCAGUACCCACCAGCACCAACAAAAAGAAAUGGCAAAGGAGUUCUGGUUGACAUCGACGAAGAAGAAGGCUCCACUGACGGCAGUCAAAGUGUCGACUUGAGCGGUGUCGAAUGGAAAGUGCUUCCAAGUGGCGGUCACCUUAUCGAAAAGGACGUCAUCUACUUUCAAACAACGCAAAAGGGUACCACGGGCGUCGCCAGCUUCCGCAACAUCAAGUUGGAUGACCAAGAGGAUGGGGAUGCUGCACGACAGCAGAGAGGAGCUCGGAUGGUCAGCGUCGGAUUGGUGCUCCAGUGCGAAGGGCAUGUCGACCAGCUUUCGUCCUCACUCGCGCAACAGCUCGCCAUCAUUCCUCAUCUACACAAUCUCGAAAAGCUUGCAGACGAACUCGCACAUGACCCCGAAGACAUCAAGCCUCUCAAGGCAUACUACGAGGCCCACAAAGCCCGAAGCAACGAGGUAGGAUCCAGCAUAGGCGGCAAGAGAAUGAAGCAGCUGCGCAUGAGAAGGCGUCGCGACCCACGCAAUUUCCCACACGACCCCGUCUCACACAUGCCUGCACUUUGUGGCGCACUUGGCCCAUUGCUGCCACACCUUCUCAAAAAGCUCAUGUUGCCACGUCAUAGGCUACUCAUCUUCACGCCCUCUCCGCCUUUGGUCUACGCCGCAAACCUCGGAUACAACCUUGCUGACCUUGCAGCACUGGCAAUCGCGCGAUCAGGCAGGAGGCACGAGAACUUGCAGCAGUUUGCACGCCGCGGUACCGUCCACAUCAAGGGUCAGAUCGGUGUUCAUGACAUUCCAUCAUUGGAGAAGGAAGAGGAUAAGCUUGGAAGCAGCACUCAGAAACAUGCAUGCUUGGUCGAACAGGGCUGGAUUGCAUGGUCGACGGACAAGAUCUUGCUGGAGAAGCCACAUUUGUUCGAUAGCGUGCUGGACUUGACGCCGCUAAUUACACGCGACUCGCAUGGAGUACUCGACGAGUCCUGCCUGGAGAAUGCAUCUACCAUGGCAAGACUGCUGACAGUGGUGCGGCCUCCCGAGGUUGAUGCGAAAGUUCGUGGACGUAAGGCUCAUCUGAAAGCACAAAGCUGGACGACACGCGAUUUUGCGACUUUCAACGAGCUUGAUGUGCAGGCACAACGUCAUGCAGAGCGGGCCGAACGUUUGGGUCCUGCUGCUUGUGUCGGUCGAAGAAAGUCGAAGAGUAGGCUUGGCAAAUCCGAUUCAAGACGAUCUGAGGACCAGCAAGCCGAUCGACCUCAGCGCGAGGUCGAAUAUACACACGAGCAGACGGAUGCAGUUGCACAAUGGCGCGGCGCUUGCGCGCGUGCCCCUAGACGCAGUAGCACUGGUAAACUAAGCGCUAUUCUAGCAUUUCUGCGUUACUGGCUGGCUGGAUGGUGGUUCUUGCCCAGCUACUGGCGUUAUGAUCUUCCUGCCGCCUAUGUGCUUCCUCUAGGUAUCCGAGGAGAUGGCGGUGUACGUGCAAGCAUCCUCGUGAUGCCCGAAGACGAGAGUGACGAGGAUGAUGAGGACCUCGAUGGAGAGGAGGAUCGCGACAUUGCAGCCGAAGACGAAGCGGAGGAAGAACGUCGAAGUAGCCUCGUUGCGGAGCCCGAUGUGACGCUUGUGUCUGUCAACGCUCCUGACGCGAAGGAUGUCACUGCUGGAGCUGUUCCCAUCGAAGACCAACACACCAGCACCAACAGCUCAUCCGAUACAGAAGGACUUGACAUGCUCCAUGCCCAUCCUCACGCACAUCACCACCAUCAUCAUCAACGGGCUCUUCCCGACCCGCUCCUUGCAGCUGUCGGUGCCAGUCCCGUGCGGGGCCCAGGCGUAGCCGAAUCGGACCGUCUCUCCAUGUCGCACGAUUCCAUGCGCCGUCGUAGCACCGAUCGCAGCCUGUACGCUCGUUCUUCGGGAGGAAGCGACAUGGACGAUGCAACUCUAUUAGACGACUACGGACAUCAACACUUCCGUUCCAUCCUCUCCGACUCGCUUUGGAUGGUGUGGUCCCACUGGACCACGGCUCUCAUCUCUGGCCUGCUUGACAUUCUCGAAGACCGGCUCGCUCAAAUUGAGCAAGAUGACGACCAGAGUUUGAGUGAGGAGGGCGAUGUUUCGCAGUUGCUGUUUUCGAAGGUGGCGGACGGGCUGGUGGUAGAGUUGGGUCAAGCGGAUAUGGCCUCGCUUGGUUUGAGUGCUGGUAAUAAGCUGGAUGUUGAGCUGGUAGAGACCAUCGGAUCUCAGUACUUGCUGCUCUUAACAUCGUUCAUUUGCGACGUUAGUGAUAAAGAGAGGGAGCCGAAGGUGGUGGUCAACAAGGGUUGGUCCAUGUUUCGUUGGUUGCUUUAA